AUGGGUUUCAAAGAUCACAUCCCUCGAGUUCAGCAAAAUGAAGCCUUGAAACCAGUUCCUCCUCAUAAAGGAUACUAUUUCUUCGCUGGGCAGACCUUCCCUCGAAAGACAUGGUACAAGGACCAGAAUCUGCGCAAACUUUACUUUUACAUCUUGGUUCUUAUUCUCACAAACACUGCGAAUGGUUUUGAUGGCUCCAUGAUGAAUGGUCUACAGACGCUAAGCUAUUGGCGAGAAUACUUCAACCACCCCCAGGGGAGCAAGCUCGGUCUGUUCAACGCAUCAAUGAGUCUUGGUUCCAUGCUAGGACUGUUCUUCAUCCCAUACACCGUGGAUCGAUUUGGCAGAAAAGUAGGGAUCAUUAGUGGGUGCCUCAUCAUGUUGCUUGCUGUUGGCCUGCAGACCGGCGCUACCAAUUUUGGCAUGUUUAUCGCUGCCCGUCUUCUUCUCGGAUUUGGCGACAACAUUGUGCUCGGCUCAGCUCCUCUCCCCAUUGCUGAGAUUGCACACCCUCAAGAUCGUGCAAUUCUUGUCACAUUGAGCGCAGCUUCAUAUCAUUCAGGUGCAUUUAUCGCUUCUUGGGUUACAUAUGGAACAUUGCAGAUCCAGAGCAAUUGGUCUUGGAGGCUCCCUUCUCUCUUGCAAAGCAUCUGCAGCGUCUUCAUUCUGGCCAUGAUGUAUUGGUGUCCAGAGUCUCCCCGUUGGCUCAUCAACCGUGGCCAAGAGGACAAAGCCCUCCAAAUACUGGCGCACUAUCAUGCCAACGGCAAUGGCCAAGAUGAGUUCGUGCAGCUUGAGCAUACUGAAAUUCGCGCUGCUCUCGCAAUCGAAAAGGAGGCAGAAGCAAACACUUGGCUUGACUUCCUCCGCACCAAAGGCAACCGAAAGAGAGUCGGUAUCAUUACGGCAAUUGGAUUCUUCUCACAGUGGUCCGGAAAUGGACUCAUUUCGUACUAUCUGUAUCAAGUCAUGAACAACAUCGGUAUCACGAGCCCUCAGACCCAGCUCGGUGUCAAUGGUGGCCUCAAAACGUGGGGCUUGAUCGUCAAUAUCACCAUGUCUUUCUUCGUUGACCGAAUCGGAAGACGCAAGAUCUACCUUAUUUCGACGAUCGGCACGUUGUUCGCAUUUACAAUUUGGACAAUAAUCGCGGCCAGAUAUGCCAUCCAUCCUGUCAAUGGCCUCGGCAGCGCAUUCGUUUUCAUGAUCUUCGUCUACGGCUCUUUCUACGAUUUCAAAUCUGGUCUCCUCGCCUCAUACACAACAGAAAUUCUUCCCUAUGGCCUCCGAGCCAAGGGAUUCACCUGGCUAAACUUCUGCGUAACCUCAGCGCUCUUCUUCAACCAAUACGUGAACGCCAUUGCUCUUGAAGCUCUCGCAUGGAAAUAUUAUCUGUUCUACUGUGUGUUUCUGGUUUUUGAAGUCGGAAUCAUCUACUUCUUCGUUGUGGAGACUAGGUAUACGCCUAUGGAGGAGAUCAACAAAUUUUUCGAUGGCGACUCGGCGAUUGAUGUAGCGGAGAUGGCGAACGCGGAGCUGAAGGAGGCCAAGAUCGAGCGGGUUGAGCAGGCGGAGGACAGAGUUGAGGGGGAGACGCGUGCUUAAUGCGGCGGAGCCCAGAGAGGGAAAGGAGGC